AUUUAUCACUGCAAUUCUUCUUCUUUUUCCUUUCCCCUUUCGUGCACAGGGGCACUUAGUAGCAGCGAACACCUGCAUAUAUCACGACAUGGCAAUCUACACAAAAUCCUUCAAGUGGACCGGGAUAUUGGGUGGAGAGAAGCCUCCCGUCCCUACGACUCACUGGGAUGCUGAUACGGUGACCGUCCGACAACCUUCCAGCCCUGCACCGCCCUCCAGUGAGCCCAUCGUUGUUGAACAGCCGGCUAUUCCAGAGCAGAUGGAUCCUCAUCUGCGCGGCGGUGGUGCCGGUGACUUUUGUUGUGGAAUUAUUUCAAGAGAAUACUAAUCGAUCGUAACCAUAGGUGUACAUGUAUGGCGUGCUGCGCGCUCUGUCUCU